AUGACUUUCAAAUAUCCAUGGUCAAUAUUACCAAUUCAUCGACGUAUUAAUAAGACUACAAUAGAAUUAGAUAUUAAUAAUCACUGUCAAGUGUGUGGUGAUAGAGCACAUAUUUUUAAUUAUGGAGCUUUAUCAUGUGCAUCUUGUAAAACAUUUUUUCGUCGUCAUGGUUUUCAUCCUGAAGAUAUUCCGGAAUGUGAAUUUAAUGGAGAUUGUGAAAUUACAAUGAAAUCAAGACGAAUGUGUACAGCAUGUCGUUUUGCUAAAUGUCUUGCAGUUGGAAUGAGUCCCGAACGUAUUCGAAAAGAAGAUCUUACUGGAAAAAGUCAUUCAUUAAUAAAAUUAAAAAAGCAACAAAUUCUUUUGCCAACAUCAAGCACUUCUAACACAACAUUACCUACAUUAAGUCUUCUUUCUGACGAUAUAUCUUGUCUUAGUCAACCAGAUUGGGUAUUACUUUCAAAUGUUGUUCAUGCAUUUGAUACAUUUAGUCCUGUAUCUGAAGUACAAUUUAUUAUUGAAUUUCUUAUUAAAAAUUCAGUAGACUGUCAAUUUAUAUUACAACAAUCACAAAAUAUUGUUAAUAUAAUUUUUCAAUCAAUUCAAUCAUGUAUUAGUUCAACAGCUGAUUUUCGAAUAAUGACAACAGAUGAACAAUGUUCACUUGUUCAACGUAAUAUGCAUGGUAUUUGGGCAUUUUAUUCUAUGGUUAUAUGUCAUCAAUCUCAUAUGUUUGAUGAUUGGGAAAGAAAAAAUAUUAUGACACCACUUUAUGGAUUUGAUAAUGUUGAAUAUGUAAAAUCUAUUACAAUAAGACUUGAUUCUGAUGCAACACUUGUUAAACUUCUACUUAUGGUAUUAAGUUUUUCUUCAAAUUGUUUUGCUGUACAUGAAGAUCAUAAUAUAAAACGAGAUAGUCUAUUAAUGGGUACUUAUCGUUUAUUUGGAAGUCAAAAUGUAUAUGCUGAAAUGAUGUGGAAAUAUAUGGUAUAUCGAUAUGGAUAUUUUGAAUCAGCAAAACGUUUUUGUGAACUUAUUAAAAUUAUGCUUGAUGAAAUUAAACUUGCAUCAACUAUAAAUGAUAACAAUAAAAUUCAUCAUGCAUUAGUAGAUAAGAUUUCUGAAGAAACAGAACGAUCAUUGAUUAUUGAUCAUAAUAAAAAUAUCCCAUUAUGGGGUAAAACUAAAACUUAA